AUGAAUGACAAAUCCCAGGGAGUUUUUCUUCAUCAGCUAUUCCCAAAUCUUGACCAUCAAUAUAAGGGGAUUCUCCAGCUAUUGUUGCAUUUCAAGUGGAUAUGGAUUGGUGUUAUAUAUAUCAAUGAUGACAUUGGUGAGAGCUCUGUGGAUAGCAUACUAUCCAUUUUUGCUCAGGAAGAUAUCUGCUUUGAUUUUGUAGAAACCUUUCCACAAAUAAGUUUUUCCUCAGAAAUCAACUCCAUUGCAUUGGAAGGACUGAAGACAAUAAGCAUUGUUAUGGAAAGGACAGCCAAGGUAGUACUUGUACUGGGUGAAAUUCAAAGUAUUAUGGUUUUAAGAAUUAUGCUUCAGUUCUCCAAAUUCCAUGAAAUAUCAAUGAAAGCCAAAGUAUGGAUUUUCACCGCCCAAACAGACUUCACAUCCCUUCCACUGCUACGGGGCUGGAAUGUGGACUUCAUCCAUGGGGCUCUCUCCUUUGCAGUUCACACCAAGGAUGUUUUUGGCUUCCAUCAGUUCCUUCGAUUGAGAAAACUUCCACCAGAAAAAGAAGACGGUUUCUUCAGAGACUUCUGGGAAGAGGCAUUCCAGUGCUCUUUCUCUCAUUCCAAUGCAGAAGCAAAGUCAGGGGAACUCUGCACCAGAGAGGAGAAGUUAGAAACUCUCCCUGGGUCUGUUUUUGAAAUGAGCAUGACCAGCCACAGCUACAGCCUCUAUAAUGCUGUUCAUGUAGUGGCAGAAGCCUUGAAUACUAUGCAUUCCUGGACAGUGAACAAAAGAGCAAUCCAGAGAAGAGGAAGAAAAGAGCUUCUCAAUCAACAACCAUGGGAGAUUCAGCCUAUUUCUCUGUGUAAUGGCAAUUGCCAUUCUGGUUAUAGUAAAACCAAGAUUGAGGGGAAGCCCUUUUGCUGCUAUGACUGUCAUUUAUGUCCCGAAGGAAAGAUUUCAAACCAAAAUGAUAUGGAAGACUGUUUUCAAUGUCCAAAAGAUCAGUAUCCCAAUGUGAAUCGGAAUCUGUGCCUUCUAAAAGGGAUCAGCUUCCUCUCAUUUGAAGAACCUUUGGGAAUUACCCUCACUCUUUUUGGCCUAUUGUUUUCUUUCCUCACAGCUUUGGUGCUUUACAUCUUCAUUAAGCACCAGGAGACUCCCAUUGUCAAAGCCAACAACCGGAACCUCAGCUACAUUCUUCUCAUUUCCCUUUUGUUUUGUUUCCUUUCCACUUUGCUUUUCAUUGGACAGCCCACAAAGCUGAUGUGUCUCCUUCGACAAACAACCUUUGGCAUCAUCUUCUCAAUAGCCAUUUCUUCGGUUUUGGCCAAGACCAUCAUUGUGGUCCUUGCCUUCAUGGCAACCACACCAGGGGGUGGGAUGAGAAAAUGGAGGUCUGGAAAGCACAUGGCCAGCUCCAUUGUCCUCUCCUGCUCUUUUAUUCAAGCUUUGAUUUACACUGUGUGGUUGGUAACUGCUCCUCCCUUUCCAGAUGUUGACAUGCACUCCCUGAUGGAAGAAAUUAUCCUGGAAUGUAAAGAAGGUUCUAUCACCAUGUUUUAUGCUGUCCUGGGCUUCCUGGGCUUCCUGGCUACCAUCAGCUUCACGGUGGCCUACCUGGCCAGGAAUUUGCCUGACAGUUUCAAUGAAGCCAAGUUUAUCACCUUCAGCAUGUUGGUCUUCUGCAGUGUCUGGGUGUCUUUUGUUCCAACUUAUUUAAGCACAAAGGGCAAAUACAUGGUGGCCGUGGAGAUUUUUUCCAUCUUGGCCUCCAGUGCUGGUUUAUUGCUCUGCAUAUUUUCCCCUAAAUGCUAUAUCAUUAUAGUGAGGCCUGAACUGAAUAACAAGGAACAACUAAGAAGACGAAAGGCAUAG